CAGAGCAACAAUGAGAAACACACACAAAGCAAAAAGAUUCUACUUUGAACACAAAACUUUAUUAUUUACACCUUUUUGAGAAAAAAAAAAAAAAAUGUGCGGAGGAGCUGUAAUUUCCGAUUACAUAACGCCGUCUCGGUCGGAUCAGGACAAUACUGGGAGAGGUAGGAAGUCUUCUUGGACAAGUAAGGCUGUCUUUGAUUGCUCAAUCGAUGAUUUCAACGGAGAUUUCGAAGAAUUCGAGCCAGACUUGUCUUCGACUCGUAAACGUGCAUCAGGCUCAGCUUUAGAUGGGAGGAAGAAACAGAGCAGUCGGUACAGAGGAAUAAGAAGACGACCUUGGGGGAGAUGGGCAGCUGAGAUUCGUGAUCCAAUCAAAGGAGUUCGAGUUUGGCUCGGGACUUUCAACACAGCUGAAGAUGCUGCUAGAGCUUAUGAUCUUGAAGCUAAGAGAAUCCGAGGAGCCAAAGCUAAGCUCAAUUUCCCUAACGAAUCCUUCAAGAAACGCAAAGAUGUUGCCAAGACUGUGCAACUGAUAGAAGAGAAGAAGCAUGGGGCUGAUCUUGGAUUGGCCGUGGCUAGCUCGGUGCCUAGUAGUAGCCAUACUGAUUUCUUGUGGGAGGAGAAUAAUGCUGACACACUUCUGAUCGAUACACAAUGGCUCGAAGAUGUCAUCAUGGGAGAUGCGAAGAAAAAACAGGAAACUAAUGGUAGUGAAGAAGAAGGCAACGUUAAUGCUACUCUGCUUUCAGAAGAGCUUCUAGCUUUCGAGAACCAGACUGAAUGUUUCUCGCAGAUUCCGUUUAUGGAGGGAGGUUGUGAUUCCUUGACAUCUCUGAGUAGUCUCUUAGGUGGAGACAACAACAUAGAUCUUUGGUCCUGAAACUUAGCAAGUUUCUUUUUAAAAAAAAAUAAAGGUUGAAUUAUCGUUCAUCCCUCACUCUUGUCAAUAUCGAGAUUGACCCUUUAAAUCGUGUUAUUUUCUUCUAUGAUGUGUUUUGUAUAUUCUGUAAUAUCAAGACUAUCUUCUGUAACUUCCUAUUUUCACCAUAGAAAGGAGAGUAAAAGAAUAUAAUGCAAUU